GAAUUUCAUCCUUUGACUCAUAAACAUCAACGCGACUUGGAGAGUCUUUAUCAAGCAGGUCAUCUCAUCAACGACUUUUACUUUUGGCAAGCCAACUUGGGUGGUUAUUGUAUGGCCGAUAUGACACAAAACGUCGUUGUCUCUCCUAACGGUGCUUACAAAUUGGAAAGACGUAUUGUGGAGGGUGCUCCCCAUCCAGGUAGAAGAAAGAAAGCCACCACC